CAGGUCUCUGCUGUGGUUGGCUCCAGACUAUCUCAGUUCUAAAUUUGAAAGGCGAGAAAUCGCAUAUGACCUAAGGGACUCUGAGAAUAAACUCAGUGUUCCAUUACCGCGCACAGACUAUUACAAAAAUAGCUUUAGCUAUAGUGGCGCCAUUCUCUGGAACAGUCUUUCUUGUAACUUAAGGGAAGCAGAGUCCCUUGGGCAAUUCAAACGACUACUCAAAGAAGAACUGUAAGGCACGGCAUUCGUGGGAAGCAGCUUUUUAUUUAAAUAUUUCUGAUUAUAUUAGUAUUAGGUAUUUUUAAAGCUGACGAAUUUUGUACCGUGGAUAAAUAAAGAUUAUCCAUCCAUCAACUGUGUUUCUUCUGUUACAGGGUCACACGGCCUGCGCUCUCUUAAUUCUGGACAAAAUGGAAGAUUCCGCUCUUAGUCUAGCCAACACCGCUCUUCAAACGCCACUACACUUAGCCGCUAGAAAUGGCCUGGUACCUGUUGUACAGGAGCUUAUAGCAAGAGGAGGCAAUUUGCUGGCCGAGGAUGAGGACGGACACAAUCCUGCUCUCGCUUGUGCCCCCAACCCGCAAGUAGCCGACUGUUUGGCACUCAUUCUGGUUGCCAUGGUACCCAGUCUAGGGUCCCCAAUGGCAACAUCUGAGCGCCUGGAGAAAACGGAGGAUAAUUUGGAAGACGACACGAUAGAUUAUGCGAAACCCACGCACAAUGCUACGGUGUAAUGGAGGGAAUUCAUCGGCCUGUUUUUUAUCAUAUUAUAGGAGCAUUUUAUAUUCUAAUUUGAACAUUUCAGCUCUGAAUGAGAGAGAGCUUUCAACUUGACAACGAUUUUUUUUUUAUCGUUCUGCAAUUAUUUUCAAAUGGCGUUCAUUACAGUCAUCGGAACAAGUUCCUGUCUCAGCAGAAGUCUCCUUGCUGAGAAUUAUGUGAGCCCGCAGAUUUGGUAGAAACGUUGCUUAGCAACAGUGACGUAACCCGAUGACGAAACCAGAUGUAACAACUUCCGGGUUGUUGGCAAGUGCUGAGUGGCCGAGAACACAAUAUGACCGCUGUGACUGGGGUUGAGUUUCUUCGACAGAAGGAGAACCCGAGGCUAUCACAAAAGUGAAUUUGCGAACCUCCGAGACGCUGCGCUUGCAUUAGUAGCUGGUUUACAGAAGCGGUUGCUAAAGGCUUUUACUCUCCAAAUUUAUUUACGCAAAUUAAACAAACUAUACAACUUAUAAUGCAAGCUCUUUCGGUUUCUUACCGACACGACCUUGCUUCACCCUGAGAAUUAAACUUAACUGAACAGCUCUUAAACGUGACAGCUGAACCCUGCCGGAUUAAGCUUCAAUAUUGUUGAUACUGUUACUUUUGUUUCUUUGUGUGCUUUUGCGUGAGUUGUUUUUGUCGUGUUUUUCUUUCUUUUUGUUUUUUGUCAGACCUGUUUUCGCUUGAAUAACGUCUCCCCAGGCGACUCCCAUGACGCGUGUCUGCAGUAGCGUCUCUGAUUGGCUCUUGCUGAGUUGCGAAUUUUCGCGCGUAAUUAAAGACCAAUAAGAGACUCUUCACAGACGUCAAGUCGGCUACGUCGUCAAGGUUGGAUCCCAGACCUCUCUCUAGCAGGGGCGGAAUUGUUCCUGGAAAAGAGACGUCAGUGCUCGUUUACGAAAAGGCUUCUUGACAUCGAACAGAACCAGAAACCAUUUAACUGAGAUCAGCAAUGGCCAUGACUGAUCGAGUCAAUCCGGUUUUCUACUUUCUAAUGUGUUGCGCCUGUGUAGGUAUUUCUUGUACAGAUAUUUAAAAUUCUUUUCAACAAAACAAAUUUUAUUAGUAUAUUUUUACUUUAUGAUUUAACAAUUCUAUGAUAUUUGCCAUCCUCACUUUGUGUAAGAAUGGCCUUUGCCAUUUUUUUGAUACGUCUGUGUUGUAAGUAAAAUGAAUACUACAGCUA